CAACCUGCCCCUGCGCUGCAGGGUUAUAGGACCAGUGCAGCCAGUACCCGGUGCAGAGGCACUGACUGGUGCAGGAAGGGGAGGCCUCACUGUGGCUUGAGGGAGGGUUUCCCUUGUCCGGACGUGCUGGGGUCAUGGCGGCCGAGUUGCCCCCUUGACGCUGCUCUGACCUGGGUGGCGAGGAGAAAGGUUGACACUCUCCGGACGUCUCUCCGGCAGGUGGCCCACACAGCCAGGACGCUGGACGAUGCCUCCUUCCCUGAGGACACAGAGUCCGACCACGCGGGCAGGCGCAGGUGGAGCUACACCGACCUCUCCGACGACGAGGACCUGCUGGCGGACGAGGCCUCGGGAGACGGCAACGGUAGCGGGGAGAAUGGCAGUGGGACUCCCUUGCCGGGCGUGCUGCCCCACGCCACCGCGCAGCCCGAAGUCAUGGUCUUCCCCACAGUCUACUACCGUGCGCUGGUGAACUUCACCCGCAGCAUCGACUACAGCCCGGCGCUGGAUGAUGCCAACUCGAGCACCUUCCGGGAGGUCUCGGAGGCGGUGGUGGACACGCUGGAGUCCGAGUACUACAAGAUCUCCGGGGAGCAGGUGGUCAGCGUGGUGUUCAUCAAGGAGAUGGACGGCUACAUCUUCGUGGAGCUGGACGUGGGCUCAGAGGGCAACAUGGAUGACGAGGAGAUCCGCCAGGUGCUCUACUCGGUCAUCCAGGCCGGCUCCAUCGCCUCCUACGUCACCUCCACUGAGGGCUUCCAGUUUCGACGCCUCGGGGCAGUGAUGCCGCCGGCUGUGCGAGCCUGCACGAGCGAGGAGUUCACCUGCCGCAGCGGGGAGUGUGUGGACCGCGACUUCCUCUGCGACCGCCGCCCCGACUGCCGCGACAUGUCAGACGAGGAGGACUGCGAAUGGGAGCCCGUGACGCUGCCCCUGCCGAUCACCACCAUGGCCCGGCCCGUCACCACUCGGAUGCCAGCCACCACCGCCACCCCCACCACACCCACAGUCACCACGCGGCGGCCACUGACCCCCUUUCCUGGCCCCUUCCGCCCCACCGAUCCCUCGGGGCAGCACCCCCUGGAGCAACGCCCCUGCCGCCGGGACGAGGCCGUGUGCGCCAACAAGCAGUGCAUCCCCCACGACUACCUGUGCGAUGGCGAAGAGGAUUGCGCCGACGGGAGCGAUGAGCGGAGAUGCGGCACCCCCAGCCCGUGCGAGCCCAACGAGUUCAAGUGCCGGAACGGGUACUGCGCCCUCCAGCUGUGGCUGUGCGAUGGCGACAACGACUGCGGGGACGGCUCUGACGAGAUGGGCUGCCCCACCAAGGCCCCCGGUGACACCUGCGGCCCCAACCAGUUCACUUGCGUGUCCAACCGCACGUGCAUCCCUGCCAGCUACCACUGCGACGAGGAGGUCGACUGCCCCGAUCGCUCCGACGAGUUUGGCUGCACACCCCCCCAGGUGAUCACGCCCCCUGAGGAGUCCAUCCAGGCCUUCCCCGGCCAGACGGUGCGCUUCACCUGCGUGGCCAUCGGCGUCCCCACGCCCAUCAUCACCUGGAGGCUCAACUGGGGGCACAUCCCCGCUGGCAGGAGAGUGUCCAUCUCGAGCGAGAAGGGGCGCGGGACACUGAUCAUCCGGGAUGUGAAGGAGGCUGACCAGGGCGCCUACACCUGCGAGGCCAUCAACGCCCGCGGCAUGGUGUUCGGCAUCCCUGACGGCGUGCUCAGCCUCACGCCCCAGCGCGGCCCCUGCUCCGAGGGCCACUUCCACAUUGAGGGCACAUCCAAGUGCCUGCCCUGCUUCUGCUUCGGCAUCACCAAGGCGUGCCGGAGCACCGGCCGCCACCGCCACCAGAUCCGCCUCCGCUUCGACAGGCCCGAGGACUUCAAGGGUGUGAACGUGACGACCCCGGCGCUGCCCGGGAUGCUGCCCCUGUCCUCCACGCAGCUGCAGAUCGACCCCGCGCUGCAGGAGUUCCAGCUGGUCGACCUGUCCCGCCGGUUCCUAGUGCACGAAUCCUUCUGGGCGCUGCCUGCCCAGUUCCUGGGCAACAAGGUGGACUCCUAUGGUGGCUUCCUGACCUUCAAAGUGCGCUACGGGGUGGCACGCGGGCAGCCAGAGCCCGUGCAGAAACCCGACGUGAUCAUCGUGGGCAACGGGCAGAAGCUCAUCUACCGGGCGCGAGUGCCCACCCAGCCAUCCGCCAUCAACCAGCGCCGCGUGCAGUUCACGGAGGAGAACUGGGUGCAUGAGUCGGGGGCGCCGGUGAGCCGGGAAGAGCUGCUGGUCGUCCUGCAGCGCCUGGAGAGCGUGCUGCUGCAGACCGUCUACGACAACAGGAUGGCCAGCGUGGGGCUGAGUGACAUAGUCAUGGACACCACCACGACCGAGGUCACCAGCCUGGGCCCGGCGCGCGGUGUCGAGGAGUGCAGGUGCCCCACCGGCUACUUGGGCCUGUCCUGCGAGCGGUGCGAUGCCCAGUUCAAGCGGGUGGCCGAGGGCCCCUACCUGGGCACCUGCUCUGGCUGCAACUGCCACGGGCACUCCAGCUCCUGCGACCAGGUCUUCGGCUACUGCCUGAGCUGCCAGCACAACACGGAGGGGCCCCAAUGCAACAAGUGCAAACCUGGCUUCUUUGGAGAUGCCACCCGGGGCACAUCCACGGCCUGCCGGCCCUGCCCCUGCCCCUACACUGAGCCUGGACGCAGGUUCUCGGACUCGUGCUUCCUGGACACGGACGGGCAGGCCACCUGCGACGCCUGCGCCCCCGGCUACACGGGGCGGCGCUGCGAGAAGUGCGCGCCGGGCUAUGAAGGCAACCCCAUCCAGCCAGGCGGGAAGUGCACCAGAGUCGGCCAGGAGAUCGUGAAGUGCGAUGAGCGGGGCAGCAGCGACUCCUCCGGCGGCACCUGCCUCUGCAAGCCCAACGUGAGGGGCCGUCUCUGUAACGAGUGCGCGGCGGGGGCCUUCCACCUGAGCAACGCCAACCCCGACGGCUGCCUGAAGUGCUUCUGCAUGGGCGUCUCGCGGCAGUGCGCCAGCUCCUCCUGGAGCAGGGACCAGGUGCGAGCCGUGUACGAGGACAGCGAGCGGGCACCGCUCAGCCUCUCCAACCUGGCCACCACACGCACGGUCAGCGAGGGCCUGCGCUUCUCCGGCCCGUCCGAGCUGGCCUUCUCCGACUUCCACGCCCUGCCCCAUGACGUCUACUACUGGGUCCUGCCUGAGCGCUUCAAGGGAGACAAGGUGACCUCGUACGGUGGGGAGCUGCGCUACACGGUCACGCAUAGCGUCUUCCCGGGCUCCCAGCCGCUGCCCCGCCAGCCCGACGUGCUCUUGCAAGGCAACGGCAUCUUCCUGGAGCACUUCGCUGAGGCCAGCCCCGCGCCGGGCACCCCCACCACCAUCACCGUGCCCUUCCGCGAGCGAGCCUGGCAGCGGGCAGACGGGCAGGAUGCCACGAGAGAACACCUGCUGAUGGCACUGGCCGACAUCAACGUCUUCAUGAUCCGGGCAUCGUACACCGACCGGCCGUCGGACAGCAGGAUCUCCAACAUCCACAUGGAUGUGGCUGUACCCCACUCCACGGGCCUGGAGCAGGCGCUGGAGGUGGAGGAGUGCACCUGCCCCACUGGCUACCGGGGCCCAUCCUGCCAGGACUGCGACGUGGGCUACACGCGCACCACCAGUGGCCUCUACCUGGGUACCUGCGAGCCCUGCGACUGUAGCGGUCACUCGAGUGACUGCGACACUGAGACCGGGGACUGCCAGAGCUGCCAGCACAACACCGAGGGGCCCCGCUGCGAGCGCUGCCAGCCGGGCUACUACGGCGAUGCCCGUCGGGGGACGCCCAGAGACUGCCAGCCCUGCCCGUGCCACGGGCCCUAUUCUGCCAGCCAGGCCACGAAGGUCUGCUUCCUGGACACGGACGGGCAGCCCACGUGCACCACGUGCGCCGCCGGCUAUGUCGGGCGCCAGUGCGAGAGAUGUGCUCCUGGCUAUGUGGGGGACCCCAGCCGUGAACAGCCCUGCCGAGAGCCAGAUGACCGCAACGGCGACUGCCACUGCGACCCGCGGGGCAGCAUGAGUGGGCAGUGCGAUGCCAGAGGGCAGUGCCGGUGCAAGCCCAACGCGGAGGGACCCUCGUGCAGCAGCUGCCGGGCCGGCCACUUCCACCUGAGCGCCGAGAGCCACGAGGGCUGCCUGCCCUGCUUCUGCAUGGGCGUCACGCAGCAAUGCGCCAGCUCCUCCUCCUACAGAGACCUGGUCAGCACGCCCUUCGCCCCCGGGAACUUCCAGGGCUUCGCGCUGGUCAACCGCCAGCACAGCGCUCGCAUCUCCACCGGCUUCACGGUGGAGGCAUCCGGCGAGGGGGCCCGGCUCUCCUACGGGCGCUUCGGGGAGAUGGGCCAGGAGGCCUACUACUGGCAUCUGCCUGAGAUCUACCAGGGGGACAAGGUUGGCUCCUAUGGCGGACGGCUGCGCUACACCCUCUCCUACAGCUCCGGGGGCAGGGGCACCCCGCUGCCCGAUGCCGAUGUCCAGAUCACGGGCAACGACAUCACACUGGUGGCCUACCAGCCCGACCUGGCACCGCAGGACCAGAAGAGCUUUGAGAUCGUCUUCCGGGAGCAAUACUGGAAGCGGCCCGACGGGCAGCCGGCCACGCGGGAGCACCUCAUGAUGGUGCUGGCCGACCUGGACGAAAUCCUCAUCCGCGCCACCUACUCCACGGACAUGGUGUCGGCCAGCCUCUCCGGCGUCAGCAUGGAGACCGCCGUGCCCACCUACACCGCCCUGCCGCGGGCACCAGAGGUGGAGGAGUGCCGCUGCCCGCCGGGGUACCAGGGCCUCUCCUGCCAGGACUGUGCCCCCGGUUACACCCGGACGGGAGCCGGCCUAUACCUGGGGCACUGCGAGCUGUGCGAGUGCAACGGCCACUCCGACUCCUGCCACCCCGAGACCGGAGCCUGCUCGAGCUGCCUGCACAGCACGGCUGGGGAGUUCUGCGACCAGUGCGCCCCCGGCUUCUACGGCGACGCCACGGCCGGCACCCCCGAGGACUGCCAGCCCUGCGCCUGCCCGCUGCCCGACCCCGAGAACCAGUUCUCGCGGACGUGCGAGAGCCUGGGGGCCGGGGGCUACCGCUGCACGGCCUGUGAGCCCGGCUACACCGGCCAGUACUGCGAGCAGUGCGCGCCAGGCUACGUGGGGAACCCCAAUGUGCGCGGGCAGAAGUGCCUGCCUGUGGCCCGAGCCCCUCUCGUGGUCCGCGUCCACCCCACCAAGACCACGGUAGCACAAGGCAGCGAGGUGAUCCUGCGCUGCCAGGCCAGCGGGAACCCACCCUACAACUACCACUGGUCUCGUGAGGACGGGCAACCCCUUCCCAGCUCCACCCAGAGCAGGCGGCAAGGCGAGGAGCUCCACUUCCCCAGCAUCCAGCCCUCCGAGGCCGGCGUCUACCUCUGCACCUGCCGCAACUCGCAGCACAGCAACACCAGCCGGGCAGAGGUCGUUGUCACGGAGGCCCCGAGCAAACCCAUCACUGUGACCGUGGAGGAGAAGAGGGUCCAAAGGGUGAAGCCUGGAGCCGACGUCACCUUCAUCUGCACGGCCAAGAGCAAGUCCCCGGCCUACACGCUGGUGUGGACACGCCAGAACAACGGCAAGCUGCCCAGCCGUGCCAUGGACUUCAACGGCAUCCUCACCAUCCGCAACGUGCAGCCCGAGGACGCCGGCAUCUACGUCUGCACCGGCUCCAACAUGCUCGACAUGGAUGAGGGCACGGCCACCCUCUACGUGCAAGCCCCUUCUAAGACCCAGAUGUUUUUUGGACCCGUCGAAGUUGUGGAAGGCCACAGACCCUCCACGCAUGCCAGCGCGCCCACGGCCACCAUCGAGCCGGCACAGCUCACCGUGCAGCCGGGCCAGCCGGCCGAGUUUCGCUGCGUGGCGACCGGGAGCCCCCCGCCCACCCUGGAGUGGAUCGGCGGGCAGAACGGGGUCCUGUCCCCCCGAGCCGUGGUGCGGGGCGGGGUGCUGCGCUUCCUGGCCGUGGAGCCCUCCGACGAGUCGCACUAUCUGUGCCGCGUGCGCAACAGCGCCGGGCAGCACGUGGCCCGUGCCAUCCUCCAAGUGCACAGUGCCAGCGUCCCGCAGGUGCAGGUGAGCCCGGAGCGGACGGAGGUGCAGGAGGGCAGCACUGUGCGACUCUACUGCAGGGCUGCCGGCUCCCCCACCGCCACCAUCUCCUGGGAGAAGCAAGGGGGUAGCCUGCCACCCCGGUCACGCUCGGAGAGGACCGACAUCGCCACCCUGGUCAUCCCCUCCAUCACGGUCGCUGACGGCGGCGUGUACCUGUGUGUCGGGACCAGUGCGGCCGGCGUGGCCCGGGCCAGGAUCGAGGUGGUCGUACGAGCCUCAGCGGCUGUGCCCCCCCUCCGCAUCGAGGCAUCGGCAUCGCCGUCGUCCGUGGUCGUAGGACAGACCUUGGAUCUGGACUGCGUCGUGGCUGGGCACUCGCAAGGCACGGUCCUCUGGUACAAGCGGGGAGGCGCCCUCCCAGCCAGGCACCAGGUCUUCGGCUCCCGCCUGCACAUCCCCCAGAUCUCGGCGGCUGACUCGGGCGAAUACGUCUGCCGCGUCAGCAACGGCGCUGGGCCCAAGGAGGCCUCCGUCAUCGUCACGGUGCAAGGCGCUGGAGCCGUGCAGGGGGCUUCUUCCGUGAGCAUUGAGUCUUCGUCGCCUGCCGUGGUGGAGGGACAGACCCUGGACCUGAACUGCCUCGUGCCAGGCCAGUCGCACCCCAGCGUCACGUGGCACAGGCGCGGGGGCUCUCUGCCCGCCCGACACCAGGUCUCCGGCUCUCGCCUGCGGCUAGUCCAGGUCUCCGCGGGUGACUCGGGCGAGUACGUCUGCAGCCUCAGGACUGGGGACACCAUUCAAGAGGCCUCCAUCUUCGUCACCGUGGCCCGUGCCACUGACGUCUCCCACCCCUCGAGCAUCACACCCCCCAUUCGGAUCGAGUCUUCCUCAUCUCCCGUCACCGAAGGACAGACCUUGGACCUGAACUGUGUCGUUGCACAGCACUCGCAAGCCCCGGUCAAGUGGUACAAGCGCGGGGGCUCCCUCCCAGCCAAGCACCAGGUCUUCGGCUCCCGCCUGCUCAUCCCACGGGUCACCGAGGCCGACUCGGGCGAGUACGUCUGCCGCAGCAGCACCGGCACCCAGGUCCUGGAGGCCUCCGUCAUCGUCACUAUACAGGCCAUCACCAGCCCCUCUUCCCCAGGCAUCACGCACCCCAUCAGGAUCGAGUCUUCGUCCUCCCACGUCACCGAAGGACAGACCUUGGACCUGAACUGCGCUGUGGACGGCCAGUUGUCAGCCCAGGUCACGUGGUACAAGCGGGGGGGUCCCCUCCCAGCCAAGCACCAGAUCUCCGGCUCCCGCCUGCGGCUGGUGCAGGUCACGCCGGCCGACUCGGGCGAGUACGUGUGCCGCGUCAGCACCGGCAGCGCCACCAAGGAGACGUCCGUCCUCGUCACCAUCCAGCACAGCGGUGUCGUGUCCCACCCCUCGAGCAUCACGCCUCCCGUGAGGAUCGAGUCGUCGUCAUCCUCCGUGGCCGAAGGGCAGAGCUUGGACCUGAACUGCGUGGUGGCCGGGCAGUCCUCGGCCCAGGUCACGUGGUACAAGCGCGGGGACUCCCUGCCCACCAGGCACCAGAUCUCCGGCUCCCGCCUGCGGCUGGUGCAGGUCACGCCGGCCGACUCGGGCGAGUACGUGUGCCGCGUCAGCACCGGCAGCGCCACCAAGGAGACGUCCGUCCUCGUCACCAUCCAGCACAGCGGUGUUGUGUCCCACCCCUCCAGUGUCACCCCUCCCGUGAGGAUCGAGUCGUCGUCGUCCUCCGUGGCCGAAGGGCAGAGCUUGGACCUGAACUGCGUGGUGGCCGGGCAGUCCUCGGCCCAGGUCACGUGGUACAAGCGCGGGGACUCCCUGCCCGCCAGGCACCAGGUCUCCGGCUCCCGCCUGCGGCUGGUGCAGGUCACGCCGGCCGACUCGGGCGAGUACGUGUGCCGCGUCAGCACCGGCAGCGCCACCAAGGAGACGUCCGUCCUCGUCACCAUCCAGCACAGCGGUGCCGUGUCCCACCCCACAAGCAUCACGCCUCCCGUGAGGAUCGAGUCGUCGUCGUCCUCCGUGGCCGAAGGGCAGAGCUUGGACCUGAACUGCGUGGUGGCCGGGCAGUCCUCGGCCCAGGUCACGUGGUACAAGCGCGGGGACUCCCUGCCCGCCAGGCACCAGGUCUCCGGCUCCCGCCUGCGGCUGGUGCAGGUCACGCCGGCCGACUCGGGCGAGUACGUGUGCCGCGUCAGCACCGGCAGCGCCACCAAGGAGACGUCCGUCCUCGUCACCAUCCAGCACAGCGGUGCCGUGCCCCACUCUUCGGGUGUCACCCAGCCGGUGGUGAUCGAGUCUUCAUCGUCCUCCGUGGCCGAAGGACAGACUCUGGAGCUGAACUGCAUCGUGGCAGGGCCGUCGCCGGCCCAGGUUACGUGGUACAAGCGUGGGGGCUCCCUCCCGGCCAACCACCAGGUCUCGGGCUCCCGGCUGCGCCUCCCCCAGGUAUCCGCGGCCGACUCGGGCGAGUACGUGUGCCGCGUCGUCACCAGCGGCAUCCCGCACGAGAGCUCUCUCAUCGUCACCAUCGAGGGCAGUGCCGGCUCCUAUUCUGUGGGCGUCACGCCGCCAGCGAGGAUCGAGACCUCUUCGUCCUCCGUCAUCGAGGGACAGACCCUGGACCUGAACUGCAUGGUGGCCGGCCACUCGCACCCCAGAGUCUCAUGGCACAAGCGCGGGGGCUCCCUGCCAGCUAGCCACCAGGUGCUGGGCUCCCGGCUGCGCCUUCUGCAGGUCUCGCCGGCCGACUCGGGGGAGUACGUGUGCCGCGUCCUCAACGGUGCCGGCUCCCUGGAGGCCUCUGUCAUCGUCACCGUCCCCAGCAGCGCUGGCUCCUACUACUCCUCCAGCACCACUCACCCCAUCCGCAUCGAGUCCUCGUCAUCCUCCCUCGCUGAGGGGCAGACCUUGGACCUCAACUGCGUGGUGGCCGGGCAGCCCCAGAUCACGUGGCACAAGCGCGGGGGCUCCCUCCCGGACAACCACCAGGUCUCCGGCUCCCACCUGCGCAUCCCCCAGGUCUCCUCGGCCGAUUCGGGCGAGUACGUGUGCCGCGCCAGUGCUGGCGGAGUCACGCGGGAGGCCGCUCUCAUUGUCACCAUCGAGGACGACGCCAGCCCUUCCCGCCCCUCAGGCUUCGCGCCGCCCGUCCGGGUUGAGGCUUCGUCAUCCUCCGUUGUCGAAGGACAGACCGUGGACCUGAGCUGCGUGGUGGCCAGCCAGUCCCAGCCCCACGUCACGUGGUACAAGCGCGAUGGCUCCCUCCCGGCAAAACACCAGGUCUCCGGCUCCCGGCUGCGGCUGGCCCAGGUCUCCGUGGCCGACUCGGGCGAAUACGUCUGCCGGGUCAGCAGCGGUCCCGCUUCCCAGGAGGCCUCCAUCACCAUCACCGUCUCCUCUGGUGAUGGCUCCGGCUACCGCCUGCAGAGCCCCAUCAUCUCCAUCGACCCGCACAGCACCACCGUGCGCCAGGGCGAGGAUGCAUCCUUCAAGUGCCGCAUCCAUAACGGCGCGCGGCCCAUCAACAUCACCUGGAGGAUGGCCCCCGGCCUGCAGCUGCAAGACAACGUGAAGAUCAGCCCCAACGGCUCGGUGAUCACCAUCUCCCAGGCUCGCGCCAGCAACCAGGGCACCUAUCACUGCGUGGCCUCCAACCGCUUUGGGAUAGCCAGCAGCGUGGUCAACCUCAUGGUGCAAGAGUCCCCCACGGUUUCCGUGAUGCCCGAGGGCCCCGUGACGGUGAAGGUGGGCAAGUCCCUCAGCCUGGAGUGCCUCGGCCGGGGCGACCCCCGCCCCCUGGUCCGCUGGAGCCGGCUGGGCGUGCGGCAGAAGAUCGAGCACCAGAUGCUGCUGCCCCUGGAGAGCCAAGCCGUGCUGCAGAUCUCACCUGUGAAGCCUGAGGACGCCGGCACAUACGUGUGCGUGGCCCAGAACCCCGUGGGCUCUGCCCAGGUGCAGGUGGAGGUGACCGUGCAAGCUGCCCACAGGACCCCGGGUGCCCCUGAGGUCACGGUGGAGCCCACGCUGACGGUGGUGGCCGGAGAGACAGCCACGCUGCACUGCUCUGCCACGGGUGACCCAGCCCCCAGCAUCCAUUGGUCCAAGCUGCGGGCACCGCUGCCCUGGCAGCACAAAGUGAUGAACAACACCCUGGUCAUCCCACGAGCGGCGCAGCAGGACUCCGGGCAGUACAUCUGCAACGCCAGCAACGCGGCCGGCUUCUCCGAGGCCUUCGUCACGCUGGACGUGGAAAUGCCGCCCUACGCCACCAGCCUGCCCGACGAGAGUUCGGUGCGAGCGGGCGAGACGGUGCAGCUGAAGUGCCUGGCCCACGGCACGCCACCCCUGCGCUACCAGUGGGGCAAAGUCAACGGCCUCCUCUCUGACCGCGCCACGCUGCGGGACAGCAUCCUGCGCAUCAGCCCGGCCCAGGCCGAGGACACGGGCACCUACCGCUGCGUCGUCAGCAACAGGGUGGGCUCCGCAGAGACCAUCGCCAGGGUCAGCGUCCAGGGAGGUGCUGCCCCACCAGUAUCCAGGGGCCCCCCAUCCGUGCACGUGACCCCACGCGUGGACACGAAGGGCGUGGGGGGCACGGCCGAGUUCACCUGCACCAUCACUGGGGACCCGCAGGCGCAGAUCGAGUGGUUCAAGGAGGACGGGGAGCUGCCGGCCAGCCACAGCGUGACGAACGGGGUGCUACGGAUCCCGAAUUUGGACCGCAGUUGCCAGGGUGUGUACACCUGCCGGGCCACCAGCCCCUCCGGGGAGGCCCAACACAGUGCCAAGCUGGUGAUCCAGGCGCUGCCCAAGGUGAUGAUCAACAUCCGCACCUUGGUGCAGACGGUGCUGAUGGGCAGCGCGGUGGAGUUCGAGUGCCUGGCCAUUGGGGACCCCAAGCCACACGUCACCUGGAGCAAGGUGGGCGGCCGCCUGCGCCCCGACAUCGCCGUCAGUGGCGGGACGGUGAAGAUCGAGCGGGUGGAGCAGUCGGACGCAGGGCAGUACCGCUGCACUGCCACCAACGACGUGGGCACCGUGCAGUCUCACGUCAUCCUCCACGUCCAGUCUGUCCCCCAGAUUGCCGCCCAGCCGGAGAUGAAGGAGGUGGCCGUGGGGUCCACAGUCGUGUUCCCCUGCCUGGCUACUGGCUUCCCCAUCCCAGAUAUCAAGUGGACCAAGCUGCAGGGAGACCUCCCCAAAGGCGUCCGGCUGGAGAGCAAUAUCUUGACCAUCCCCUCCGUCAAGCCGGAAGACGCGGGGGUCUACAUCUGCUCGGCCUCCAACCGGCAGGGGAAGGUGACGGCCAUCUCCAUGCUCAAGGUCCAAGAGCGGGUGGUGCCCUACUUCACGCAGAGCCCCCAGUCCUACCUGCCCCUGCCCACCAUCAAGGACGCCUACAAGAAGUUUGAGAUCCAAAUCACCUUCCGGCCGGACAUCGCCGAUGGGAUGCUGCUGUACAAUGGGCAGAAGAAGAGCACCGGUGCCGACUUCGUGUCCUUCGGCCUGGUGGGCGGCCGGCCAGAAUUCAGGUUCGAUGCCGGCUCGGGCAUGGCCACGAUCCGGCACCCGACGCCGAUCCGGCUGGGGGAGUUCCACACGGUGCGGCUGUACCGCAACCUCACCCAGGGCUCCCUCGUGCUGGACGACCACCCACCCGUCAACGGCACCUCGCAGGGCAAGUUCCAGGGGCUGGAUCUGAACGAGGAGCUGUACCUGGGCGGGUAUCCCAGCUACGCCGCCAUCGCCAAGACCGGCCUCAGCAGCGGUUUCAUCGGCUGCGUGCGCCAGCUGCUGAUCCAGGGCGAAGAGGUGAUCUUCAAGGACCUGGACCUGCCAGCUCACGGUGUCGCCAGCUGCCCCACCUGCAAGGACCAGCCAUGCCAGAACGGCGGUGUCUGCAGGGACUCGGAGAGCAGCAGCUACGUCUGCCACUGCCCGCAGGGCUUCACUGGCAGCAACUGCGAGCACUCGCAGGCCCUGCACUGCCACCCAGAGGCCUGCGGACCGGACGCCACCUGCAUUAACCGAGCGGAUGGGCAGGGCUACACCUGCCGCUGCCACCUGGGCAAGACAGGCGAGAAGUGCAUGGAAGGGGUCAUGGUGACCACCCCCUUCUUCAACGGGCGCGACGCCUUCAUCUCGUACCCGCCCCUCACCAACAUCCACUACGAGCUGCGGGUGGAUGCCGAGUUCAAGCCACUGUCGCCCGACGGCCUCAUCUUCUUCAGCGCGGGCAAGGGCGGCCCCGUGGAAGACUUCGUCUCGCUUGCCAUGGCUGCCGGGCACCUGCAGUUUCUCUACGAGCUGGGCUCAGGCAUGGCCGUGCUGCAGAGCACGGAGCCCCUCGCCCUGGGCCGCUGGCACCGGGUCUCGGCAGAGCGCAGCAGUAAGGACGGCACCCUCGUGGUGGACAGCGGCCGGCCGGUGAAGCGGUCAUCACCGGGCAAGAGCCAAGGCCUCAACCUGCGCACGCCCAUGUUCCUGGGUGGGGUGGACCCGUCUGUGGUGCUGCCUGUGGCCGCCAAUGUCAGCGCCCACUUCCACGGCUGCGUGGGCGAGGUGUCCAUCAACGGGAAGAGGGUGGACAUCUCGUACAGCUUCCAGGAGAGCCGGAGCGUGGCGCAGUGCUACGACAGCUCGCCCUGCGACCGCCGGCCCUGUCUGCACGGUGCCAAGUGCCUGCCCACCGGCGAGUACGAGUUCCAGUGCCUGUGCCAGGACGGCUUUCACGGUGACCGCUGCGAGCUGGCCGACGACCCGUGCCUGCUGGGCAACCCCUGCCUGAACGGUGGGACGUGCAAGGCAAGCCGGUGCCUAUGCCCAGCUGGCUUCGUGGGGACGUACUGCGAGCAGAGCCUGGCGCUGCAGAAGCUGGACCGGGAGUGGCUCCCCGAGGGCAGUGGGGGCAACGAUGCCCCGGGCCAAUAUGGAGCCUAUUUCUAUGAUGGCGGCUACCUUGCGCUUCCCAGACACCUGUUCCCCAGGAGCCGCCCCGAGGCACCGGAGACCAUCGAGCUGGAAGUGCGCACCACCUCUCCCAAUGGCGUGGUCCUCUGGCAGGGUGUGGUAGCCGGGGAGCCUGCUUUCGACCUGCAUGCUACUAAUGAGGAGGAAGGGGAGAGCGGCAAAGCCAAGGACUUCAUCAGCCUCGGCCUCAAAAACGGGCACCUGGUGUUCAGCUACCAGCUGGGUAGCGGUGAGGCCAACAUCAUCUCUGAUGACCCCAUCAAUGAUGGCGAGUGGCACAAAGUGACGGCUGUGCGGGAAGGGCGGCAGGGCUUGCUGCAGGUGGACGGAGAGGAGCCGGUGGGCGGAGAGUCGCCCGGCAACAACAUCAUGGUGAACACCAAGGGCAACGUAUACAUCGGAGGUGCUCCGGCCGUGCAGACUCUCACCAUGGGCAAGUUCACCUCGGGCAUCACGGGCUGCAUCAAGAACCUGGUGCUGAUGAACGAGAGGCCGGGCCAGCAGCCGCCGCAGCCCAUCGACUUGCAGCACCACGUGGAGGCCGGCACCAACACCCGGGAGUGCCCCUCGUAGGCCCGGCCUGCCACUCCCCGGGCCACGGCCCCCCACAGACGUCUGUUCUUGUUAUUUUGAUGCUGAUGAAUUUUUUUUGUAAAGAAACAAAGAGGAAAAUGGUGCUUUGCUGCUACCAAAAAAAAAAAAAAACCAAAUCCCCAGCAGGGGAGGGGGCCGCGUUCGUCACCGCCGCCCUCGAGCGCCCGGUGUCCCAGACGCACUGGGCCCCGCAGAGCCUCCGGCCACCGACUUGGCCACGGCUGGGCCCCAUGGAUGGAGAAGCCUCCCCCUGCCCCCUCUUGCUCUGUGGCACGCAGGAGGGAGCGGGGCCAGCUGGCUUUGCUGCAUGCCGUCACCGGGCUGCCACAGGAGUGUGACGGGACCCCCUGAACUGUCCAGUGUCAGGAGACGAAGGCCAAAUCCUGGCAACUUGGACAGCUCCACGUCAACCUGGGGCAGGGGCAGCAGGCAGGAAAGGAGGCUUCUGCAGCGCACCCCUCCCGGGGGCACAGGCGCUGGGCAGAGACAUCCGACAUCCCUCGGCCCCACUCCGGCCAGCGCAGCCCAAAGACACGCCAGGCUCAGGGCACUGCACACUCACCUUCGUGCCUUCCUCGAUCCAGGACAAUCCCCACCACUCCUCCCCGGGGCCUCCUCUGGCUCCGGCCGCCUCCAGACCUCCCCUUCGCUCGGAAGCGUGUGGCGCGGGCUCAGCCUCCCAGCACAGCCCGGGCCCGGGAACCUCAUGCCCCCGGAAGGCUCCUUCGUGCCUCCAAGUGACUUGCAAUGAUGAGACAUGGCCCAGCCGACGAAGCAGUGGGGAGACCCUGGCCCCUGGGCAGAAGAGAUGUGAUGCGGGGGGACCUGGAGACCAGACGCCAGCAACACAGCCUCAGCUUUGGGGUGCGCCAAGGGGCCGGGAAGGUGCUGGCCUCCCGCCCGUGUGAGCCGAGCCGUGCCUGGCACAAACGGCCCCGCGGGGAUUGGGGGCUGGGGGCCCGCUCUGCUCAGGUCGCGCCCGGCCAUGCUGUCUCGUUGGCUUCCUAUUAAACGACAAGUAACAACCGA